AUGGAAGCAGUACAAAAGCUGAUUGAUGAAGAGUUUCAAGGAAUUAUAAAUAUGCACACUUCGACAUUGCAUAAGAAGAUUGCAUUCGCUCACCAUGACUUUUUCAAACUUUCAGGUUCUGAAAACAAGCUGGAGGCAUUGCUACAAAAAAAUCAAGUCCAAAAUGUUCUUUAUGCUACUAACUUUCUUGGAUUCGUUACUGGAUCAAUCUCAUCUCAAGAUCCAAAAAUACUUGACUCUUUAGGCAAAUUUAUACCAAAUCCUGAGUUUGAAAAUUGGGAGAUUAUUGAUGCUCACCUACUUAGCUUCAUUACUGCUACUCUUUCUCCACCUGUGUUUUCCUUUGUUCCUCAUCUUCAACAUUGCUCUUAUGUCUGGAAUGCUUUGGAGAAGAGGUAUACAUCUUUAUGUCGAUCUCAUAUUCAUCAGUUAAAGAACAAGUUACAAACUGCUUCAAAACCAGGUAUAUCAAUGGAAGAGUAUCUAUCUCAAAUCAAAAUCAUAGCUGAUCAACUCAGCCUUGCUUCUUCUAUAAUUGAUGAUGAGGAUCUAGUUCUUUUAACCUUGAAUGGUUUACUAGAUGAGUAUGAUGCUUUGAAAACAACAAUUCGUGCUAAAGUUGAGCCAAUCAAUAUGGAAGAAUUGAGUUCUUUUCUAUGUUCAGAGUCUAUUCACAUGGAGAAUAAGACUAAAUUUGCUCUUAGCACUGACUCUACUGUUGCCUACUCUGCCACUAGACAUGCUAAGUUUAGUCCUUCAGUUUCCAAACGCCCCAAUUAUAGAGGCCGAGGCGCUUUUCGUGGCAAAAGAGGCAGGUACAUAGGUAAUAGGUUUUCUAUUAAAGGUACUAGAGGACAACAAGGGCAAGGAAAUUUUACUCCAGGAAGCUACUCUUCUUCCUACUAUCAGAUUUGUGGAGGUUACAAUCACAUUGCUUUUCACUGCUAG